AUUUUACAAACGCUUCCAUGUCUCUACUCUGCCAUAACAAAGGCUGUGGGCAGCACUUUGACCCCAAUACCAAUCUUCCUGGUGAGUAAAUCCUGACGGAGCCAAGGGCUAUGUGGGUGGUGGUGGGUGGUCAGCUGUGAGGUAGUCUGUUUAAGGACCAGGGAAAGAAACUUCGUGUACCUGCCCUAGUUUAAUUAGUCUGUGUGAUCUUUAACCUUUGCUGAUUUUUUUUUUUUUUUUUUUACAUUUUAUGGCAAGAAACCAUAAACAUAAACCUGGGGAAGAGGCGAGAAAUGGUAUUUGGAAUGGUUAUCUUUCUUUCCUUCUUUCCUUGAUACUUCUGGUAUCCAUAGAUUCCUGUUGCCAUCACCCUGGGGUCCCAAUCUUCCACGAUGCACUUAAGGGCUGGUCCUGCUGCCGAAAGCGAACUGUAGAUUUCUCUGAGUUCUUAAACAUCAAGGGCUGUACUAUGGGACCACACUGUGCUGAGAAGCUUCCUGAGGCCCCUCAACCUGAGGGCCCUGUUACGAGCAGUUCACUUCAGGAGCAAAAACCUCUGAACAUGAUUCCAAAGUCAGCAGAGACCUUGCGCCGGGAGAGGCCCAAGUCAGAGUUGCCUCCGAAGCUGCUGCCACUAAACAUAUCCCAAGCCCUGGAAAUGACAUUGGAACAGAAGGAACUAGACCAGGAACCUGGGGCAGGACUUGACAGUAGUCUGAUCCGGACUGGUUCCAGCUGCCAGAACCCAGGAUGUGAUGCUGUUUACCAAGGCCCUGAGAGUGAUGCUACUCCAUGUACCUACCACCCAGGAGCACCUCGAUUCCAUGAGGGGAUGAAAUCUUGGAGCUGUUGUGGUAUCCAGACCCUGGAUUUUGGGGCAUUCCUGGCACAGCCAGGAUGCAGAGUUGGUAGACAUGACUGGGGGAAGCAGCUGCCAACAUCUUGCCGCCAUGAUUGGCACCAGACAGAUUCAUUAGUAGUGGUGACUGUAUAUGGCCAGAUUCCACUUCCUGCAUUCAACUGGGUGAAGGCCAGUCAAACUGAGCUUCAUAUCCACAUUGUCUUUGAUGGUAACCGUGUGUUCCAAGCACAGAUGAAGCUCUGGGGGGUCAUAGACGUGGAGCAGAGCUCUGUCUCCUUGAUGCCAUCUCGGGUUGAAAUCUCUCUGGUCAAGGCUGACCCAGGAUCCUGGGCCCAGCUGGAACACCCCGAUGCACUAGCUGAGAAGGCUAGGGCAGGGAUUGUGUUAGAGAUGGAUGAGGAAGAAUCUGAGGAUUCAGAUGAUCUGAGCUGGACAGAGGAGGAGGAAGAGGAGGAAGCGAUGGGGGAAUAGUGACACCAGACUGUUGAGUGUCUAGGUAGGACCUCAAUGACUCCCUUAGAAUCCCAGAGACCAGGAUAUGGUUGGCCAUGUGGUGUCGUUGAGCAGCAGAAGGCUGAA